UGUUAUUAUACGCUUAACUGCCCCAUAGUAGUGAGACCUAUUUUGAGAGGCGGAGCUCGCUGGAGCCCAAAGCGUCCGACCGGGACUUGCUCGCUCCUCGGCGGCGGCGGUACAUUGUGUGUGGACGGAGCGGUAGCACGUUGUUGUCUGGGCUUCUUCUGCAACUUUGCGCCGUAUAUAUCCCGAUCCUCCCCAGCCUCCAGUGCUUUUCCCCUCAGAAAUCUGUGAGCCAAACCAGCCUGCGGAAAACAUGUCGGCCUCGGCGGCGAAAGCGAGUAAAAAGGAGGCAAACUCCAACCACGACGGAGCGGGUGACGAGACCUCCGAAAAAGAGCAACAAGAGGCCAUUGAACACAUUGAUGAAGUUCAGAAUGAAAUUGACAGGUUGAUUGAAAGUGCCAGUGAGGAGAUCCUUAAAGUAGAACAGAAAUACAACAAACUCCGUCAGCCGUUCUUUCAGAAGAGGUCAGAACUGAUUGGCAAAAUCCCCAACUUCUGGGUCACCACAUUCGUCAAUCAUCCACAAGUAUCCGCUCUACUUGGUGAGGAGGACGAGGAGGCGCUGCAUUACCUGAGCCGGGUCGAGGUCACAGAGUUCGAGGACAUCAAGUCAGGCUACAGAAUAGAAUUUUAUUUUGAUGAAAAUCCGUACUUCGAAAACAAAGUCCUUUCCAAAGAGUUUCAUCUGAACGAGAGCGGAGACCCCUCUUCAAAAUCCACAGAAAUCAAAUGGAGAUCAGGGAAGGACCUGACCAAGCGCGUCAGUCAGUCACAGACCAAAGGCGGAAGGAAGAGGCAACACGAGGAGCCGGAGAGUUUCUUCACCUGGUUCACUGAUCACGCUGACGCUGGGGCAGACGAGCUCGGAGAAGUCAUCAAGGACGAUAUCUGGCCCAACCCCCUGCAGUAUUAUCUGGUCCCGGAUAUGGAUGAUGAGGAGGGAGAAGGGGAGGAGGAGGAUGAGGAUGAGGAGGGUCUGGAGGACAUCGAUGAAGAAGGAGAUGAGGAUGGAGAGGAAGAUGAUGAGGAUGAAGGAGAGGAUGGAGAGGAGGACGAAGGAGAGGAUGACUAAACCCCAACAAAACCUCAAUGUGUAUUUCCUGUUUGGUUUUUCCACUCAUUGUCGGGAGCAAAUAUUUUAAUUUUAUUUUGUUCAUAUAUUUUUAAUUUUUUUUUUAACUUUUUUUUUUUUUUUUUACCCGCGCUUCGUUCAACAUUCAGAAGCUCUCACACCUUCACCUGUAGUUGGUGCCAUGUUUAUUUUUCAUCUUUAUAUAAAAAGGUCAUUGGCACUUUGCCCUGAAUUGUGAGUACCAUCUACCUAAAAUAAAUGAAGUAAAAAGUAAAAAAAAAGGUUAAAGAAAAAAAAAA